UUUGCUCCAUCUUGCAACAAUGGCGCACCCUCUUCUUUAUCUUCUCUUCCUUGUGUUCCCGUUGCACACUUUAGCUCAAAACACCGCCACUAUUGCUGUUAACCAAACCCUUAACACGGCCAGCGAACCAUGGGUCUCAUCACCAUCUGGUGUUUUUGCAUUUGGGUUCCAGAAAAUUCAAGCCACAGAAGACCAGUUCAUGCUAUGCAUAUGGUACGCCAAUAUACCCCAACGCACCAUAGUUUGGCAUGCUAAUAUUUCUGCUGCUCCGCAAGGAUCAACUGUGCGGGUGGACUCUAGUUUCGGCCUAAUUCUCAGUGAUUCUGAAGGCAACAAAUUAUGGUCACCUGGUGAUGGCUUAAGUCAAGUAAUUGAUCAUGCAUUUCUGAAUGAUACUGGAAAUCUUGUCCUUGUGGGAAGGGAUUCUACAGUGGUGUGGGAUACCUUUUCCCAUCCAACUGAUACUUUGUUGCCCACCCAGGAGAUGGAGAUUGGAGGCAUGCUCAUCUCUCGACGCUCUGAAGCCAAUUUCUCUCAAGGUAGAUUCUAUCUUCGGAUGCUUGGUGAUGGGAAUAUGGUUCUUUCAACCAAAAGCGUUUCCACAAAUUUGGAUUUCGAUUCCGAGUACUAUAACAGCGGUACUUCUGAUCCAACAAUUUCUGACUAUAAACUGGGAUUUACUGAAUUGGGUUCACUAUAUAUAUUGAAAGGAAGCAACAAAACGGUAGAGAUCACUCCGCCACGUUCUAUCUAUUCUGGGAGUUAUGUAAGACUGAGUCUCAACUUUGAUGGAGUGCUCAGUCUGUAUAGUAUUCCUAAGAUUUCUACCGUUAACCAAAUCUGGAGCUCUAAUUGGUCUCAACCCGAUAAUAUCUGCACUGCAAUUCAUGGAAAUUAUGGCAGUGGAGCUUGUGGGUAUAACAACGUGUGCUCAAUUGAUGAUGAUAAUACCAAGAGACCAUCUUGUAAGUGCCCUCAAGGUUAUUCACUGAUUGAUCCAAGUGAUGAGUAUGGGAGCUGUGGAAUAAAUUUUGUUCAGAUUUGUGAUGAAUCCCUGGGGACUGAGAGAGGUUCAUCUGAAGAUCUCUACGAAAUUAUUGAGGUAAAUAAUACGAAUUGGCCAUUUAAUGACAUUGAGCAUAUUAAUCCUUGUGGUGAAGAUGAGUGCAAAGCUUCUUGUUUGAAUGAUUGUUUAUGUGAUGUUGCCAUUUAUGGAGGCUCGGGUUGUUGGAAGAAGAGAUUGCCUCUCUCAAAUGGGGUCUACGGUCCCAAUAUCGCUGCGAAAGCUUUCCUCAAACUAAGGAAAAAUGGUCUUCUAGAGAAGCAAAAUAAUGGUUUUCCAGACAAGAAAAAGGAUCAUGGAACCUUGAUCGUUGUGGGUUCUGUGCUCUUGGGUAGCUCUGUGUUCAUCAAUUUUCUAUUCAUUACCACAACCUGUUUGGGAUUCUCCUUUAUUUACAAGAGCAAAAUCAAGAAACCUAACCCUUCAGUGCAAUCAAAUCUGCAUUGUUUCUUGUAUAAUGAGCUUGCAAAAGCCACAAAUGAGUUUAGGGAAGAAAUAGGCAGAGGUGCUUCCGCAAUUGUCUAUAAAGGGGAAAUCCCAUUGGGGUCUGGAAACAUUGUGGCUGUCAAGAAGUUGGAUCGAGUAGCUCAUGACUCAGAGAAGGAGUUCAAAGCCGAGGUAAAUGUUAUUGGGCAAACGCAUCACAAGCAUUUAGUCCGCCUGCUCGGGUACUGCAACGAGGGUCAACAUCAACUAUUGGUUUAUGAGUACAUGAGAAAUGGGAGUGUAGCAAGUUUCCUUUUCAGCGAUUUGACACCGAGUUGGAGUGAGAGGACCAAAAUUGCCUUCGGGAUUGCCCACGGCCUCACUUACUUACAUGAAGAAUGCAACACGCAAAUCAUCCACUGCGACAUAAAGCCUCAGAAUAUACUUCUUGAUGAGGAUUACAAUGCUCGAAUCUCAGAUUUCGGCUUGGCAAAGCUUCUUAGGGUGAACGAGAGUCGAACUCACACUAAUAUUAGGGGGACAAAAGGUUACGUUGCUCCUGAGUGGUUCAGAAACAAUAAAGUCACGGUGAAAGUAGAUGUGUACAGCUUUGGCAUAUUGUUGAUGGAGAUCAUAACUGGUCAAAGAAGUGUGGGUGAUAUAGAAAUAGAUGGAUCAGAUAAAGUCAUUCUGGCUGAUUGGGUCAUUGAUUGCUUCCAAGAGAAGAGAUUGGAUUUAUUAGUUGAAAAUGAUGCAGAGGCCUUAAAUGAUAUGGAGAUGGUGGAUCGGUUUGUAAUGACAGCUAUUUGGUGCAUUCAGGAAGACCCUUCUCUGAGGCCAACCAUGAGAAAAGUCAACCAAAUGCUUGAAGGUGUUGUUCAAGUUCCUGUACCUCCAUAUCCAUACUCUUUUACUUAGUAUUGUUAGUUAAAUAUGUUUAAUUGGUAUUACUUUUUUUCUCACAAAAGGCAAAAUUCUCCAUUCUUAGGGAUCUCACAUCCUAGCCUGACUAGAUAGUAGAGGGGUUGGUAUUAAUUUUAUGUUCCUAUUGCAUACAUGCAUUAAUUAAUAUAAUUAAUAAGGAAUGAAAGGUUAUUGUUGUUGCAAAACAUAAAA